AUGGAUGUGAUUCUGGAUGUGUUGGAUACCCUAGUAUUCGACCGACUGUACGCAGCGGUUCUCCCACGACAUAGUGCAACGAAAAUAGCACAUUACUUUCCCUCCAAUGGCACAGAACUGGCAACAUUAAACGAGAGUGUUAAUCGUUAUUUCGCCCUAUCACCUUCUAAAUGGGCUACACAAAGUAUCUUACCCAGAGACCACCUCCUUCGGCAAAGUUUGAGUUUGUUUCUUAUUACAUGGUUAUUUGGCAUCAUUCUUUACUUCCUCAGCGCCACCCUUUCGUUUCACUUCAUCUACGACAAGCGCGCCAUGAAGCAUCCAAAAUUCCUACGUAACCAGAUUUCCAUGGAGAUCGCGCAAGCCGUGAACGCAAUGCCCGUGAUGGCAGCCCUCACUGUUCCAUUUUUCCUGGCUGAAGUCCGGGGAUACACAAAGCUGUACGAUUUCUCCAGCCAGGCGCCGUUUCCGCUUUACACAUACCUCCAAUAUCCUAUCUUCAUUGCGUUCACCGACUUCGGAAUCUAUUGGAUUCAUCGCGGAGAGCAUCAUCCCAAGGUCUAUAAGCAUCUACACAAGCCCCAUCACAAGUGGAUCAUCUCGACUCCGUUUGCCAGCUACGCCUUUCACCCGGUGGAUGGGUGGGCACAGAGCCUGUCAUACCACGUCUUUCCUAUCCUGUUCCCUCUCCAGAAAGUCGCCUACCUGGGCCUGUUUGUGUUUGUGACAAUCUGGACUGUUAUGAUCCAUGAUGGAGAGUAUGCUCUGGACUCACCUGUUGUGAACGGUUCCGCCUGUCAUACUAUUCACCACUACUAUUUCAAUUACAACUACGGCCAAUUUCUGACCAUCUGGGACCGUAUUGGAGGAAGCUAUAGAAAGCCAAAUCGGGAGCUUUUUGACCGCGAAGUGCGGAUGACACAAAAUGAAAUCAAGAAACAGGUCGAGGAGAUGGAGAAACUCGUCAAGGAGGUCGAGGGCGUUGAUGACCGGUGUUAUGAGACUCAGACAGAGAUGAAAAAAACCCUUUAA